AUGUCACCAGGUUGCGGCAGUCCCGCCAUCCCCCCCGUCGUCACGGGUUACUCCCGUAUCGUGAACGGUGAGGAGGCGGUGCCUCACUCCUGGCCCUGGCAGGUGUCCCUGCAGGAUUAUACUGGUUUCCACUUCUGCGGCGGCUCCCUCAUCAAUGAGAACUGGGUGGUGACAGCGGCUCACUGCAACGUCAGGUCCCCCGAGGGACACGGUCCUAAGCCUUCCCCAAGUCCACAAAGCACAUGUAGAAUGGAUGUGAGAGCUGAGUUCACAUCCUCUGCAGUGACUCCCGACACCCCCGCCCUGCUGCAGCAGGCCUCCCUCCCCCUGCUGACCAAUGAGCAGUGCCGUCGUUACUGGGGCAACAAGAUCAGCGACCUGAUGAUCUGCGCCGGAGCCUCCGGAGCCUCCAGCUGCAUGGGCGACUCUGGCGGUCCUCUGGUCUGUGAGAAGGCCGGCGCCUGGACUCUGGUCGGUAUCGUGUCUUGGGGAAGCGGCACCUGCACUCCCACCAUGCCCGGCGUGUACGCCCGUGUCACCGAGCUGCGCGCCUGGGUGGACCAGACCCUCGCUGCCAACUAAGCAACACACCAGUUUCACUUUGAAG